ACAGUGAACUCGUUGAACUCGUUGAUGAUGUGAUUUGAUUUGAUUUAAUUGAAAGAGGUUGCUUCUAGUUUUUACCAAAUCUACCUUUCUUCACAGUUCAUCUCCAACACCAACAACAAUGUCAGAUCCGAACCAGAUUUCAUUUGCACAAUCUUUCUUGUGCAGUGCUUUUGCUGCUUGUCUCGCCGAGCUUUGUACAAUUCCUCUGGAUACAGCUAAGGUUAGACUUCAACUUCAAAAGAAGGUUGGGGUUGAUGAUGAUGUGGGUUUACCUAAAUAUAAGGGCUUGCUGGGAACGGUUAAGACCAUUGCAAGAGAAGAGGGUGUAUCAGCUCUGUGGAAAGGCAUUGUUCCUGGUUUGCAUCGUCAAUGUUUAUAUGGGGGCUUAAGAAUUGGGUUAUAUGAUCCUGUCAAAACGUUUCUUGUUGGUAGUGCAUUUGUUGGAGAGGUUCCUUUGUACCAUAUGAUACUUGCUGCUCUGCUGACUGGUGCUUUGGCAAUCACGAUUGCUAAUCCAACUGAUCUAGUCAAAGUUAGGCUUCAAGCUGAAGGCCAAUUGCCAUCUGGGGUACCUAGGCGUUAUUCCGGUGCUAUGGAUGCGUAUUCAACUAUAGCGAGACAAGAAGGGUUAUUGGCCUUGUGGACUGGUCUUGGGCCCAAUAUAGCACGGAAUGCAAUUAUAAAUGCUGCUGAACUAGCUAGUUAUGAUCAAGUGAAACGGACAAUUUUGAAAAUUCCAGGGUUCAUGGACAAUGUCUUUACUCACCUCCUAGCUGGCUUAGGUGCUGGUCUUUUUGCUGUCUUUGUUGGUUCUCCCGUUGAUGUGGUGAAAUCCAGGAUGAUGGGAGAUUCAACCUACAAAAGCACAUUUGACUGCUUUCUCAAAACUUUGUUUACUGAGGGAUUUUUGGCCUUCUAUAAAGGUUUCCUUCCUAAUUUUGGUCGAAUAGGAGCCUGGAAUGUGGUUAUGUUUCUUACACUUGAACAAGUCAAGAGAGUUUUUAGAGGAUAAGUGUUGUUACUCUUCAUGAUUGAGAUUCAAGUAGCAGAAAUAGUGUUCUUUCUCGGAUGAGUGCUCCCAAUAUGGUCAACAGAAUUGUUCCAAGAGAUAGGUCGCCUUUCUACGUUUGUUUCCUACUUCUGUGAUUUGGAUGGAUGUCACGCUUCAUAUAUUCUUACUCAACGAAUAAACCGUCAAAUUAAAUUGCUAUAUUUGUUUCCUAGUUGAGCCAUGUGGAUGCCACGGUUCAUAUAUUCUUGGCCAAUUAAUAGAGCGUCAAAUUACAUUUACAUGAAAGUU